CAGCGAGAUAAUUACCUUUUGGAUACUUCAUCAACUCCAUCAGCAUCUCUUUUAUCAGGUCCUCGAUAAUUAACUCAAUUUGUGUGAGAAGGAUAUUGUGUAUCAGUGUUGAAAGCAGCAAUUUAAGCUUUUCUUCCCACAGGCUGGCACCAAACAUCAAACGGACAGCCGAUGGCCAUGACUCCGGUCAACCACCGUCGCCGCCUCGUCCUCUUCCUCCUCUUCACCGUUUCCCCUCUCCUCCUAGCCCAGAUGCAGGUAGAUUUCCCAUCCGCCAACCUCUCCACUCUUUGGGUCAACGACCCCUCCCUGCACAACGACAGCUUCGAGGACGGAUCCCUAGUGCGGUCCAUCCUCCUCCGGAGCUUCCCCAACGACGGAGGCCCCACCUACGCCUGCGGAUUCUACUGCAACAACCCAUGCAACGUCUUCCUCUUCGCCAUCUUCGCCGUCUUCACCGACAGCGUCGGCUACAUCAUGGGCUUCACGACCUCCCCUCCUCGGGUGGUCUGGUCAGCCAACCGAGCCACCCCCGUGGAGGACAAUUCCACCCUCCACCUCACCGACCUCGGCGACCUCGUCCUCGCCCACGCCAACGGCACCGUCGUCUGGUCCACCGGCACCGCCUCCAGAUCCGUCGCGGGUAUGAACAUCUCCCUAUCUGGAAAUCUAGUUCUGUUCGAUCAGAGCGGCGCACCUGUGUGGCAAUCUUUCGAACACCCAACGGACACCUUGGUUCGAGGGCAGACGCUCAAGGAAGGGCAGAAACUCGAUGCCAACGUCUCCGUCACCAAUUGGACCAAUGGUCCGGUAUACCUAACUGUCCUUUCCGAUGGAUUAUAUGCAUUCACCGCUUCUACUCCUCCUCAAUGCUACUACCAGAAAACGCCUGAUGACAAUAAGCACAUCAAUGGUAGCCUCGAUCUGUUCGCACUGUUCGCACUGCCAGCCUCAUCCUCCGUCCAAUUUAUGAGAUUUGAGUCUGAUGGUCAUCUCAGAGUUUAUGAGUUGAACCUAGAAUGGAACGUGACUGCUGAUGUUUUGGGGUUGGAUGUUUGUGCCUACCCGAUGGUUUGUGGAGAAUAUGGUAUUUGCUCCAAUGGGCAGUGCAGCUGCCCUGUUCGAGAAAGUGGUAGUUCAAGCUACUUCAAGCCGAUUGAUGACCGGAGAAUUAAUCUCGGUUGCUCCCUUGUGACUCCUCUUUCCUGUGAAUCCUUGCAAGAUCACCAUCUGUUAACUGUUGAUAAUGUUUCUUACUUCAGUUUCACAGACUCAGGAGCUGCAGCAUUUAAGAAUAUAGAUGAGGCGAGCUGCAAGCAGGCUUGUUUGAAGAAUUGUUCAUGCAAAGCAGCACUUUUUCAGUAUGCGGAGAAUGUUUCAGAUGGAAAUUGUUUCCUGCCAACACAACUCUUUUCGUUGCAGAAUAACCAGCCUUCUUUGACUCAUUUUAAUUCAUCAGCAUACAUCAAGGUUGAGACUGCAUCGACUGCAUCUAAUAAUUCAAUUGUUCCAAGUCCACCAUCAGAAAACAAGGGGAGUACUCGUGUCCCAUUUAUAAUAGGCAUCAUUGUGGCUGCAAUAGUCGUUUUUGUUUUAGCUAUAGGUGGCCUUCUUUCGGUGUAUGUUCGAAGGAGAAAGACUACGGAAGUCGAAGAGGAUGAUUUCCCAAUAGUACCAGGAAUGCCAACAAGGUUCUCAUUUCAACAUCUCAAAGAAGCUACAAAUGACUUCUCCAAAAAACUUGGCCAAGGAGGGUUUGGUUCUGUGUUUGAGGGAAGCAUAGGUGACCAAAAAGUGGCAGUGAAGCGCUUGGAUGGAGUAGGCCAAGGGAAGAGAGAAUUCUUAGCAGAAGUUGAGACGAUCGGUAGCAUUCAUCACAUCAAUCUGGUAAAGUUAAUUGGAUUCUGCGCUGAUAAGUCGAACAGGCUCCUAGUUUACGAGUACAUGUCCAACGGAUCACUUGAUAACUGGAUAUUCAGCAAGGACCAAAAUCACACUCUUGAUUGGCAAACUAUAUGCAAGAUUAUCACUGACAUAGCCAAGGGUUUGUCUUAUAUUCAUGAAGAAUGUAGACAACGCAUAGCUCAUUUGGAUAUCAAGCCUCAAAACAUCCUCUUGGACGUCAAGUUUAAUGCUAAGGUUUCUGAUUUUGGAUUAGCUAAGCUGAUCGACAGAGAUCAAGAGCAAGUAAUGACUAGAAUGAGAGGCACCCGCGGAUAUUUAGCCCCUGAGUGGUUGACAUCAGUAAUAACUGAGAAAGUCGAUGUGUAUAGCUUUGGUGUUGUGGUUGUCGAAAUUGUCUGUGGAAGAAAAAAUUUAGACUACUCUCAGCCUGAAGAGAGCAUUCACCUAAUUAGUUUACUACAAGAAACAAUCAAAAUGAACAAGCUGGAAGAGAUAGUUAGUCAUGACAACGAUAUGAAGCUUCACCUUGAAGAAGCCAUUAAGAUGAUCAAAUUAGCGGUAUGGUGUUUACAGAUUGACUGUAGUAAAAGGCCUUCCAUGUCUACUGUUGUGAAGGUUUUGCAAGGUGCAGCAACCAUAGAAACUGAUUUGGAUUAUGACAUUGUUACGACAGCUCAUCUAAUGAGAAAACAGCGAGAUAAUUACCUUUUGGAUGCUUCAUCAACUCCAUCAGCAUCUCUUUUAUCAGGUCCUCGAUAAUUAACUCAAUUUGUGUGAGAAGGAUAUUGUGUAUUAGUGUUGAAAGCAGCAAUUUAAGCUUUGUAAGUAUUGUAAUAAUAGCCGAUCCCGUCUAAGUAGAAUAAGGUUUGAUUGUUGUGGUAAGAAUUGCAUUAAUAAUAAAGCUUGUCAAAAGUUUCCUA